GCUAUUAGCGAUGCACCGUCACUGCUCCACAGUCCAUGCUAUAUGUAUGCAUGCCUCCCGGCAGUGGCCACCACAAUGCAUGUGCAACUGCGUAUCAAGCUUUUUUUUCCUCUCUGGUGACAUUCCCCACGUCUCGAAGCCAUGGCAAUGGUGACGCAGAAGACGGUGGUCCUCUAUCCCUCGCUGGGCGUUGGCCAUCUUAACCCCAUGGUUGAGCUGGCCAAGGUCUUCCUCCGCCGUGGCUUGUCCGUCGUCAUCGCCGUCGUGGACUCGCCCGACGCAAUGGACCGCCUCGCAGCCGCCAACCCGGACAUCAACUUUCGGCGCCUCCCCGUCCCGCCCUGUGGCAAGGACCACUACUCGCACCCCAUCAUGCGCACCAUCGAUGUGCUCCGCGUCGUCAACCCCGCACUCAGGGACUUCCUGCGCGCGCUCCCCGCCGUCGCCGCCCUCGUGGUCGACAUGUUCUGCACCGACGCGCUCGACGUCGCUGCCGAGCUAGACAUCCCGGCGUACUUCUUCUUCACCUCCGCGCUCGGCGACCUCGCCAUCAUGCUCCACCUCCCGUACAUCUUCCCCACCGCCCCGUCAUCGUUUAAGGACAUGCCCGAGACCGUGCUGCACUUCCCGGGCGUGCCACCUAUCCGUGCGAUGGACAUGGCAACCACGAUGCAGGACAGGGAGAGCGACAUCGCCAGAGCACGGCUGCACCAAUGCGCGCGAAUGCCGGAAGCGAGAGGCUUUAUCGUGAACAGCUUCGACUGGUUGGAGGCGCGAGCCCUGAAAGCGCUCAGGUAUGGGUUUUGCACGCACGGCCGAUCAACUCCACCGGUCUACUGCAUCGGGCCAUUGGUCCUCCCUGGAAAUACGGGAGGAAGCGGCGAGAGGCACGCGUGCCUCGUGUGGCUGGACUCACAGCCGAACCGGAGCGUGGUGUUCCUCAGCUUCGGCAGCAUGGGCAUCUUCUCGGCGGCGCAGUUAAGAGAGAUAGCGCGCGGGCUAGAGAACUCUGGACACAGGUUCUUGUGGGUCGUGCGAAACCCACCUGAGCACCAGAGCAAACCUAUGGAGCCGGACUUUGUGGCGUUCCUUCCCCUGGGUUUCUUGGAGCGGACUAAGGAGAGGGGUUUUGUGGUAAAGAACUGGGCGCCACAGAUGGAGGUGCUGCGGCACGACGCCGUCGGCGCGUUCGUAACGCAUUGUGGGUGGAACUCGGCACUGGAGGGGAUCCUGUCCGGCGUGCCGAUGAUCUGUUGGCCGCUGUACUCGGAGCAGAGGAUGAACAAGGUGCACAUGGUUGAGGAGAUGAAGGUAGGGGUGGUGAUGGAGGGCUACGAGGAGAUGGUGAAGGCAGAAGAGGUGGAAGCAAAGGUGCGGCUGGUAAUGGAGUCCGAUGAAGGGAGGAAGCUCAGUGAGAGGCUCGUGAUGGCUAAGGAGAUGGCCGCAGAUGCUCUCAAGGAAGGCAGGUCGUCGGACGUGGCGUUCAACGAGUUCUUGGGAGACUUGGGGAUUCGCAUUUCGCAGCGAAGUGCCUCGUAAAUGGUAACGGAUGCAAUUACGCAAAGCGGAAACAGAGCAGCCCCUCGGUUGUAACCUUGUAGUUGGAUACCUCUUCCAACUUCUUUGCUUUUGAGUUCGACGAUUUCCAAAGACUCAUCCAAUAUUUAUCAGUAGCUGCAUUGGAUUUAUUUUUUCAGAUAAAGAGGGCAUUAGCAGCAUGCCAUCAUCGCAUCAUGUGCUUGACUAUAUAAUAUAGUUAAAUAAAAAAUGAAGCAGCUUAAACCUGAUAAGAGAUAAUAAGAAGAUUGGAUAUGGCGAGAUAGACCAAAGUGUUUUUUUUUUGUUUUUGUUUUUGCCAAUCUUUGAAACUUGGACUGGAGGGUUAACAAUCUGUGAAACGGCAAAAGAAAAGCAUAAAUAAGAUAUUUAGCACAAGAAACUAGGUAGCAAUAUUUUUUCCUUUUUCUUGUUAGUUUGCCUAGGAUAUAGAGCUUCUUGGUUCAAAUUAAAUUUCU